AGCCCAAGUAAGAUGAAUGGGGCUAGAGACCUUGUUCCUGAGAUGAGUUCUCAGAGAUCAAUGUUGCCAGGAAAAGAAAAAAUGCAAAGGUCCCUUGGUGAGGAAGUUAACAGCGAUGGAGCAAUUGGCACCAAGGGAGGCAGUGAGGCUGUCGCUGGCGUGAUGUUGACCGCAAGAGAAGGCAGGGCUUGUGUUCUGUAG